CUGUGCCCUCCCAUCCGCCUCACUCCAUCCUGCCAGCCAGAGGUUAGUCCGAAGAAACCGAAAAUGUGAUUUCUCUUACUGUUACACAAGUCGGUUUAAUGUCUGCGGUUUCUGUGUCGCUGUGCGGAAGCUCUUAGAGCGAGUGAAGCGUAUGAACCGGAGCGCUCGCCGUGUUUUUCGGGCUUCUCCUGGCGGAGGCUGGAGGACGGGACAGCGGAGCAUCGACUGAGGACUCCGGGUUAUUUCUCCACCCUCAUCCCUAAGAUGCUGCGGAGAGUCCUGCGGCCUGCCUUCUCCUUGACAGCCGGGAGAGGACCGUCCAGAGCCGGACACAGGAGCGGCGGACCAUCCGCUGUAGUAUCAGGCUCCCCGGGGAGGCUUGCCUCGCAGCCUCCGCUCUCCGCGCUGGUGCAGCGAUGCUUCUUGGGCACACAUCCCCUGAAGGAGCCCGUGGAGCCCCUCAACUCACCCCGCGGAGCCAAGGACUUCAUUUACAGCCUCCAUCCGUCGGAGCGCAGCUGUCUGCUGCGGGAGCUGCAUAAGUUCGAGUCCAUAGCCAUUGCUCAGGGGCAGCUGGAAAUUGCACCACCUACUGCAGCCCAGUUGAGAUAUGUCUUGCUGCAUAAUGCCAUCCCCUUUGUAGGAUUUGGAUUCUUGGACAACUGCAUCAUGAUUGUUGCUGGCACACAAAUUGAGUUGUCCAUCGGUGUGGUUCUUGGCAUUUCAACUAUGGCAGCUGCUGCUCUUGGCAACCUGGUAUCUGAUCUGGCAGGACUGGGGCUGGCAGGUUACGUUGAGGCCUUGGCGUCUCGACUCGGCAUGCAGAUUCCCGAGCUGAGUCCGAAGCAGGCGGAUAUGUGGCAGACCAGGGUCAGCUGUCACUCGGGUAAAGCCAUCGGUGUGGGGAUCGGCUGCAUCCUCGGCAUGUUCCCUCUUCUUUUCUUUCCUGACGAUGAUGCAAAGAAGGAAGGACAGACGGAGACGAAGGAUGGAACCCCACCUGCUCCAACAGGGAGCAGCAAAAACUGACCAAUUCAAGACCAAUACUCUUUGUAGACCUGAAGAAAACCUGUCCGUUUGUGAGACUGACUGGUCUGUCCUCGCUGUCUGGAGAGGACGAGAACGGACUGUCGUCCAGACACUUCCCAAGAACCAAACUAUCAGGGGAUUCUUAGGAGGAUUUCACAUGAUGUAUCUGACAAAAGCACAGCAGACUGGUUAUGUGUUGGAAGAGUCCAGACUGGAAGGCCACUAAAUUAUAACAGACCCUCACCUCUGCUUUAAGUCUGUUAAAUCACUUCAUUAUUGAGCACAGGCUUUAUAUUAUGAUGGCUGACCGGAAGUUGGAUGACUGUUUAAAACGUUGCAGCAGUUUGCGGCCACAAAACAAUACUAAAACAUAUUCCAACAUAAGCUUUGUUAUACAUAUUUUUGCAUGCGACUAUUGUCGACUCGUUUAGUUUGUUUCCGUUAACGUUAUGCUUUUGUUAUAUCUUACAUUUCCCAAUCAGCAGAAUAGUCCAAAUCUCUGCUACAGUUAAACAUCUCAUAUAAUUUCACUAAUCCAUGCGCACUCGCUAAGAGCAACCUUUGGAAAACCUUUUAGAGGCAGUUUUAAGAGUGAGUUGAAGUAAAGAGGUGAGCUUAUGUCUACCUCCAAUAUGGCCCCAAAACUAUAUCUGGAGCCAUAUUCAGCUGUUCUUCCUCGGCUCAACUCGUUUCUCCAGUAUCUCUGUCAUAAUUUGAGCUCUGCUGCCCUCUGCUGGCCAACAUAUCACUGGUGUUUUCUCCUCAUCUCUUCACCAGUCCGACUCAUUGUUUUCCACCUGUGCAGUUGAUCUGAUGUCGAUUAUCGUUUUCCUCAACUUAACAUUAACAAUUUAUUCAGUUUUUUUUUUUUUUUUUUUUUUUGCACAUGUCUUUGGAAGAAAUUGAAGGAAGCAACCAAAUGCAGAGCUGUAAAAAAAAUAUUUGCCUCCUUUCAGAGUUUUUCCAGCUUUUGUUUUUUUGUCGUACUUAAUUUUCAAAAAGUCAAAUUCUGCCUUUACUUUUCUGAGUAAGGCAGAGAGGUGUUUCAAAUGACGAUUAGAUUUAUUUAAUGUAAAAAAUCGAUCAUCACUAAGCUUCCUUCCUGUGGGAUAAGUUAUCUCUACCUUGUCUCAUCACAAAUGAAUUUGAACUGAGUUAAGGAUGGCAGUGUGAUGGUCUGGGGCUGCAUUGCUGCUUCAGGAACUGGGCAACGUGUUGAAAUUAAUGGAGCCAGGACUUUUCCUUACUGUCUAUUGGAUCUUGAUAGAGAAUGUCGGGCCAUUGGUUUGUAGCCUUGAGAUUUUAAUUUUAAUUUUAUGAAGCAGAGUAUUUAUCCAAAGCACAUCAGCAGGUCCACCUUAGAACCACUCAAAAAUAAAACAAACAAAAUGAAAGAAACAAAAUGACAAUUCCGGAAUAGCCUAGUCAAAGUACCAAUAUUAAUCAGAUUUGGAUGCGGUGGCGGGACCUUAAACAGGCCACUGAUGCUCAAACACCCUCAAAACGUGACUGAAUAUAAACAAUUUAACCAGUUCUGAGAAUAAAUCUGAAGCUAUUUGUAGUGAGGCAAAUACUUUCAUACAGCACAGUAGUUCUGCUAAAACUUUUAUUUAUUUUUCUUUAAAUAUUUAUCUUGUGCUAUUCUUUCCUGGAGGAAAACAAAAAUGCAUCCAGAGUCUGGAGUGUUCACACACAAAAUGCAUUUUUCUUCUAAGCAGAAGGAGAUUUGAUCUGGCUGCUCUGUGUGACUAAAUGCUGUCUUACUCAGUGUAUAUGACUGUUUCAGCUUCGUACUGUGUGUAUAAUACAAAUCCUGACAAGUUAGAAGAAUGAACAAAAUGUACAGAGAAAUCUAAAUAUUUAUGUAGUUUAUAAUUUCCAUUUUGCAUGCGUAGAUAAGUGUGUAUCCUCUCGGGUUGGUCUUGAGAUAUGAAUGAUGAGGGAAUUUAAUCAGCCAGAACUCUAACAUGAAAAGCAGUGAGUUUUUGCUCCACACUUUUUGUGGCCUUUGAUCGUAUACAUGAUUUUAAAAUAUGAUACAUUUAGUUUAAAAUGAGCCUAAAUGUUGUAUCAAGCAAAAUAAAAAAAAAAAGAAAAAGACAGCACAGUGGUUAAUGGCUGCACUAAUGAUGCAUGUUAGAAAAUAAUAUUUUUGGUUUAUGUUGUGCACUGGCUGAUUCAGUGGUCUAGUUUACUCUGAAAUGUUUGGUUUUAAACUUGCAUAUUUUUCUGGUUGGUGUAAUGGCCUCAGGGCCGAUGCCUUUUUUCAGUAAACCAUAAAAGAAGGUAAUGAAUUUGCCUGAAAAUAUUUUUUUUUUACAUUGUAAUUUAACUUCAGAAAAUUCUGUAACAGUUGCUAUUUCUUUAAUUUUAAAGAGAAGAUUUUUGCAUAACCCUGAUGAGACGUUUGAUUUUAUUUUGGGCAGUGGAAAUAUUUUCAAGCACAUGAGAUGUGAUUACAUUAUUUCAUAGCUUAUAAAAAUUGAUUCCUUCUGUUAAGACCACGUGUCUUACAUAUCCAAGGUGCCCCGCUAAAGUCUGCUGUGUAUAUAUGUAUUAAAAGAAAAAUAUCAGUCCAUCA